AUGGCUACCCAGGCUGCCGUGAUGUCCGCCAAGGCCACCAAGGUGCGAACCCGCCAGAGCGCGCUCGCCGCCGGCGACAAUUUUCCGGCGUUAGUCGCUUUUUCCCCGAGACGCGAGUUGCGACGCGUUGGAACCCAAGCCCUCCGGCACCUCCGCGGGGUCGGGUGGGCACGUUUCCGACCUCGUUCGGGACUGCGCGACGCCCGGAAUGUUUCGACCACGUCUGUAGGGGACGUGCGGGACGUGGCUGCGCCGAACGCAGCCAACUGGGCGGCGAAUUUCCGCUUUACUGACGCGCCUCCCGCUCCCCGCCCCUCUCAGCUUCCCGGCUUCUCCGGCCUUCGCGCCCAGCGCGUCGGCGCCACCGCUCGCGUCGCGCCCGCCCGCAAGGCGGGCGGCCGCGCGUCCUCCCUCGUCGUCCGCGCGGCCGGCCGCGACGUGGCUCUCGACAAGUACCGCAACAUCGGUAUCAUGGCGCACAUCGACGCCGGCAAGACCACCACCACCGAGCGCAUCCUCUACUACACCGGUAAGUCCCACAAGAUCGGUGAGGUGCACGAGGGUGCCGCCACCAUGGACUGGAUGGAGCAGGAGCAGGAGCGCGGUAUCACCAUCACCUCCGCGGCCACCACCUGCGCGUGGAAGGACCACCGCAUCAACAUCAUCGACACCCCCGGCCACGUCGACUUCACGCUCGAGGUUGAGCGUGCCCUCCGCGUCCUCGACGGCGCCAUCUGCUGCUUCGACGCCGUUGCGGGCGUCGAGCCCCAGUCUGAGACCGUCUGGCGCCAGGCUGACAAGUACGGCGUCCCCCGCAUGUGCUUCGUCAACAAGAUGGACCGCAUGGGAGCCAACUUUUACCGCUGCGUGGACAUGAUCGUCGCCAACCUCGGCGCCGAUCCCCUCGUCAUCCAGCUCCCCAUCGGCGCCGAGGAGGAGUUCGCGGGCGUCAUUGACCUCGUCCAGAUGAAGGCCAUCGUGUGGAACGGCGAGGAGCUCGGCGCUUCCUUCGAUGUCACCGAUAUUCCCGACGACCUCAAGGAGAAGGCGGAGGAGUACCGCAUGAUGCUCGUCGAGAAGGCUGUGGAGCAGGACGACGAGGCCAUGGAGGCCUACCUCGAGGGCGAGGAGCCCACCAACGAGAAGCUCAAGGAGUGCAUCCGCAAGGGUACCAUCGCCAACGCCUUUGUCCCCGUCAUGUGCGGCUCUGCGUUCAAGAACAAGGGUGUCCAGCCCAUGCUCGACUCCGUCGUGGACUACCUCCCCGCGCCCACCGACCUCCCCGACAUGGUCGGCUCUGACGUCGAUGACGCCGAGAAGAAGAUGACCCGCAAGCCCUCCGACGACGAACCUUUCUCCGGUCUCGCCUUCAAGAUCAUGGCGGAUCCCUUCGUCGGCUCCCUCACCUUCAUGCGCGUCUACUCUGGCAAGCUUGAGAAGGGCACCUACGCGUACAACUCGGUCAAGGGCAAGAAGGAGCGCAUCGGCCGCCUCCUCCAGAUGCACGCCAACUCCCGUGAGGAUGUCGACGAGGCCAUCACCGGUGACAUCGUCGCCAUCGCGGGUCUCAAGGACACCACUACCGGCGACACCCUCUGCGACCAGAGCAAGCAGAUCAUCCUGGAGCGCAUGGACUUCCCCGACCCCGUGAUCAAGGUUGCGGUGGAGCCCAAGACCAAGGCGGACCUCGAGAAGAUGUCCAACGGUCUCGUCAAGCUCGCGCAGGAGGAUCCCUCCUUCCACUUCACCCGUGACGAGGAGACCAACCAGACCGUCAUUGAGGGUAUGGGCGAGCUCCACCUCGAGAUCAUCGUCGACCGCCUCAAGCGCGAGUUCAAGGUUGAGGCGGACAUCGGCGCGCCCCAGGUGAACUACCGUGAGUCCAUCUCCAAGGACGCCAACACCACCUACACCCACAAGAAGCAGUCCGGCGGUUCCGGCCAGUACGCCGAGGUGUCCAUCAAGUUCGAGCCCCUCGAGCCCGGCACCGGUUUCAUUUUCGAGACCGACCUCAAGGGCGGUUCCGUGCCCAAGGAGUACAUCCCCGGCGUCCAGAAGGGCCUCGAGGAGAUGAUGGGCUCCGGUAUCAUCGCCGGUUUCCCCGUCGUCGACGUCAAGGCGACCCUCUUCGACGGCAAGUACCACGAUGUCGAUUCGUCCGUGAUGGCGUUCGAGGUUGCCGCGCGCGGCGCCUUCCGCGAGGGCAUCGCCAAGUGCGCGCCCAAGCUCCUCGAGCCCGUCAUGCAGGUUGACGUCGUGACUCCCGAGGAGUCCAUGGGUGACGUCAUCGGUGACCUCAACUCCCGCCGCGGCCAGGUUGGCGAGCUCGGCGACAAGCCCGGCGGCCUCAAGACGGUCAAGGCUUUCGUGCCCCUCGCCGAGAUGUUCAACUACGUCUCCAAGCUCCGCGGCAUGACCAAGGGUCGCGCCAACUACUCCAUGAAGCUCGCCCGCUACGAGCCCGUGCCCAUGAACAUCCAGAAGGAGAUGUCGGAGAAGAAGGCUUCGAAGGCCGCCGCGUAAGCGUCUCACACAGAGGGGGGGGUCCUCGGCCGUCGCGCCGUGGAGAACAUAUUGUUUUUUUGAGCUUUGCAGCAGCGAUCCUCAGCGACGCUGGGGUGAUAUAGUUCGCUUUUUAUAAUACGAACGUGUAGCUAAAACACC